AUGCCUGGUGGAAAGGGAAAGUCUAUCGGUGGAAAGGCCGGCUCCAAGGACUCUGCGGGGAAGAGCCAGAAGUCCCACAGCGCAAAGGCUGGUCUGCAGUUCCCUUGCGGUCGUGUUAAGCGCUUUUUGAAGAACAACACCCAGAACAAGAUGCGCGUUGGCGCCAAAGCCGCCGUGUAUGUCACCGCUGUUCUCGAAUAUCUGACCGCAGAAGUUCUCGAAUUGGCCGGAAACGCUGCCAAGGAUCUCAAAGUCAAGCGUAUCACCCCGCGUCAUCUGCAGCUCGCCAUCCGUGGAGAUGAGGAGCUGGAUACCCUGAUCCGCGCCACUAUUGCCUUCGGAGGUGUUCUGCCGCGCAUCAACCGCGCGCUCUUGCUGAAGGUGGAGCAAAAGAAGAAGAACAAGACUGAGGCUUAA